AAAAUUUAGAACUCGACCCUGUUAUGCGCUUCUUGCCUAUGUGAUUUCUCCCUCCUCCACGUAUCCGGAUAAAGUCGCCUCCUGCCACGUCACGUACCCCGAAAUCGGCACCCCUUCCCCUCCCUUCGCUCCAGAGCCUCUUUCCCAUUUCUUUAUUCGAGUUUUCCGGCGCCUCUAUCUAAAUUUUCUCCGCAUUUUUUGAUCCACUAUAUGGCAGUUAAGUUGCCCCACAACAGUUUUGUAUCCUUCAGCUCUUCAAAUACAUGGGGGUCACAAAGUCCACACGAUUUUCCUCAUCUGGGCAAAAAAGCAUCUGAGUUGCAUCGCCUUCUUAGCAAAUGGGGUAGUUCAAGAAAGAGUUGCCUCAUUAGGCACGCUUUCUUGUCGAAAAAUGACUGUGGACUGGUGGGUUAUAGGAAAUACUACAUAACGUCUUCUAAACCAAGACGGAGAGCAUACAUCCUCCCAUUUGCAUCUGCUGAUGAUGGUGUGACUGUAAAUGGGAGUCCCCAAGCUAAAACCAGUACGGAUCUUGAGAAAAUGAGGAUGAAACUGAAUAAGUCAUUGGAAGAUGAAGAUAUUUGUGAUGGACUUCUCCAAUCUUUAUAUGAUGCGAGCAGGGUUUUUGAGCUCGCAAUUAAAGAGCAAAGCUUGUUCUCAAGGGCAUCUUGGUUUUCAACUGCUUGGCUUGGAAUAGAUCAAAGUGCUUGGUCAAAGACACUAUCAUAUCAGGCUGCUGUGUACUCCUUGUUGCAAGCUGCAAGUGAAAUUUCAUCCCAAGGUGAUCGGGGAGACAGAAAUGUCAAUGAACUUGUUCAACGGAGUUUACUAAGGCUAUCUGCUCCCCUAGAGAGCUUAAUCAGAGAAAAGUUAUCAGUCAAACAGCCGGAGGCACAUGAAUGGUUUUGGUCUGAUCAAGUUCCUGCUGUUGUGACGUCUUUCAUUAACAAGUUUGAAGGGAAAAUUUGCUUCACUGCUGCCUCUUCUUCGUCUGAAAAAAAAUUGUCUCCUGGUUUUAGCAGCGGCCAUGACAUUUCACUUCUCAUGCUUGCACUAACGUGCAUUUCUGCUGUCACCAAACUUGGACCGGCAAAAGUUUCUUGUUCACAAUUCUUUUCCAUGAUUACGGAGGUAACUGGUGGUUUGAUGGACAAGCUGGCUGAUUUAAUUCCUAUAAGUCAAGCUUAUAAUUCUAUAAAGGAAAUUGGUCUGCAUAGAGAAUUUCUUGUUCAUUUUGGACCCCGAGCUGCUGCAUGUAGAGCAAAAGUCGAGGGGGGUUCAGAAGAGGUUGCAUUUUGGGUAAAUCUUACCCAGAGGCAGUUACAGAAAGCUAUAGACAAGGAGAAAAUAUGGUCAAGACUGACAACAUCGGAAAGUAUUGAGGUUUUAGAGAAGGAUUUGGCUAUAUUUGGUUUCUUUGUUGCUUUAGGAAGGAGUACUCGCUCCUUUCUUUCUGCAAAUGGUUUUGAUACUCCAGAUGAUUCAGUUGAUGACUACAUCAGGUAUCUUAUUGGAGGCAGUAUUUUAUACUACCCUCAGCUUUCAACAAUAAGUUUGUAUCAAUUAUAUGUCGAGGUGGUUUGUGAAGAGCUGGAGUGGCUUCCUUUUUAUCCAGGAAACAACAGCAAUGCAAAACAGGUGAACGUGCAUAAAAGUAAACCAGAAGGUCCUCCAAAUGCCGAAGCAGUGCCCAAAGCAUUAGAAGUUUGCUCUCAUUGGAUCCAGAGCUUUAUUAAAUACAGUACGUGGCUGGAGAGUCCUUCUAAUGUGAAAGCUGCUAGAUUUCUAUCAAUAGGGCACAACAAGUUGAUGGUGUGCAUGGAAGAAGUUGGGAUGAGAAAGGAUAAGAAACUAGAGAGUAAUUCCAAGAAAAUCAUUGAGAAAAAUAGAUCAGCCAUUGGCACUUCAAAAGAGUCCACUUCUUUUGACAAGGCGUUGGAGAGUGUUGAAGAAGCUGUGCUAAGACUUGAAAAAUUGCUUCAAGAGUUGCAUGUAACAAGUGCUAGUUCUGGGAAAGAGCAUUUAAAAGCUGCUUGUUCCGACCUGGAGAGGAUAAGGAAGCUUAAAAAAGAAGCUGAAUUCCUUGAGGCAUCUUUUCGAGCAAAAGCAGAUUCUCUCCAACUGGGAGUUAAUGAUGGUCAAUCCCGUAGUCCUGUUGAUGAGAUGCAAGGGUAUAAUAGAGGGAAAAACCAAAAAAAUGCUAAUGCAAGGGCAGACCAAACCAAGAGAAAUGUUGGCAAAUCUCGUGGGUUCUGGAGCAUCUUUGUAAAUCCUGUAGUCAGAAAGCCUGAUCAGGAAUCUGAUACAGAUGCUUCUGAGAAUUAUAUUGAACUGCCUACUUCAACCGUCGGUGUUGUGGACUUAGAAGCCAGUGAAAUCCACCGCUUUGAACUUCUAAGAAAUGAGCUGAUAGAACUUGAGAAAAGGGUUCAAAGAAGUACCUAUCAAUCAGAAAAUGAUGAUAUGGUACUUGUGGAGGAUGGUGCGUAUGAUGAGGAAUCUGGAGGUAUUCACAUGGUCCAGGCUCCAAAAAGAGGAAACAUUAUAGAAAAAUCUAUCAGCAAACUAAAAGAAACAGGAACGGAUGUCUGGCAAGGAACUCAACUUCUGGCUUUUGACGUUGCUGCUGCUACGGAUUUGCUUAGAAGGUUCUUGGUAGGGGACGAAUUGACUGAGAAAGAGAAGAAAACUCUUAAAAGAACCUUGACUGACAUGGCUUCAGUGGUUCCAAUUGGUGUUUUAAUGCUUCUUCCAGUCACAGCAGUGGGGCAUGCUGCCAUGUUGGCUGCUAUUCAGAGAUAUGUACCAGCUCUGAUUCCGUCCACAUAUGCCCCGGAAAGGUUGGAUCUCUUGAGGCAGCUUGAGAAAGUGAAGAAAAUGACAACUGCCGUUGGGGAGUCAGAUGAGAAAGAUGAUGAAGCUGACUCGUAAGAAGCAAUGCAUAUAUGUACAGCUACCAUUACAUUCUUUGGUGUACCAACUCGAGUUCGCCUGGUUCCCGAUACUUGGCAGAGUGAUCGGCUUCCAUAGACAAUGAGAUAUGUUCAAACCUGCACAAUUUUCAUGUCGCAUUCCAUUACCAUCUAAUGUAAAUUACGCUUAUAUGGGGUCUCUCUCUUUUGUUUGGCCAAAAAAAAAAGGGUCUUUCUCUUUUGCUUACACACCGACUGCAUUAUCAGAUUAGCUCUAUAUAUAAUGACUCCCUGGCAAUUUUCUAACAAGCUGUGGACCAGUUCAACUUUGUAAUUUUAAGAUUUAAAAAAUUGAAGAGGAAAAAAAUGCCUUAAGAAUCAAGUAGGCAUUCUUUUUAA